CUUCUAAUCUUCAUCCAUGACCUCCAUAUAAACAACCAAUCCCAUCUCCCUUAUAUAUUCCCCAUAUGGAUUGAGCUAAAAGGUAAAGUGAAAAACAAGAACUCAUCAUGCAGUUCGACAAACAGAUUUCUCACCCGGUCCAUCCACAGCACAAGCUAAAGCUUGAAUACACGGAGACCCCAUUCAACUGUAACGGGUGCAAAGAAGCUGGCAUCGGCUUCCAAUACAAAUGCUUGCAAUGCGAGUUUCACCUGCACAAGUCAUGCGCUUUGGCACCUUCCACCAUUUAUCAUUCUUUUUACAAGAAAUGCGAGUUCCAAUUUCACCAUGCUCCCCCGGUCCAGCUCUGAGAAGAUGUGACGCAUGUGGGAAAAAUGUUCUGGGUUUUGUGUAUAACUGCAAGAGUUGUGGUUUCGAUCUGCAUCCUUGUUGCGCUAAUCUGCCACAGGUACUCGACGAUGGGGAGCAGAACCUUUACCUGUGUUUCAAGCUCUCCAGCCCAUGUCAUCACUGUGGGGGAAAGGGAUCCGGUUGGUCGUACAGAUCUCAGUGCAAGACGUAUAAUCUUCACGUCUCGUGUGUGAAGGAGUUGCUUGUGGAAAGCUGGCAGGCAAUCUAUCUUAAUGUCGACAAAAACAAGGUCAGGGAGAUGCAGACUAGGAUUCCCAGCCUUAAGGGAACACUGGGAAACAAUCAUGGGCAAAGAGGAAAAGGCAAUAUCAGAAAGUGUUGUCAGAUUGCUGGAGGAGCUGUUAGCGCUAUUGUCUCAGCCAUCCUAGGUGAUCCUACACCUAUAAUAGCUGCAGUGGUCGGGGGUUUCAUAUCCAAGUGAAAUAUCAUCGUCAUCCUGUCUAUUAUGCAUCAUCAUCAUCAUCAUCCUGUCUAUUAUGCAUGUAAUAUUGUAAUAUAGUCUAUUACAUGUUAAGUCAAAGUACAUACAAUAUUAUAUAUAUAGCUUUGCUACUCAUCAUCUCUAUACAU